GGCCGAAGGAGCAGCUCUCCAGUUAGCCUUUGCAGCCCCCAUUCCUUUUUCCCUUUCCACCCUCGGCCUCCUCGGAUCCCUUGGCUGGGCGCUGAGGCGGGAGAAGAGGCUGGGGUCGCCACGGCGGAGAUUGCUACCGCCACCCCCCUGCGGGGGUGGCCGGGGUUCCCGGCUGGGGGGGCACCUUUCCGGGUGAGGCAUCCACCAUGGUGAGGCCCCUGAGCCGCUGCCCCCGCGCCCCCCCGGCCGCCGCUGCCUCCUGCCCCUCGGUGCUGCUGCUGCUGCUCCCCCGCCUGCUGUUGCUCCUCCAUCUCCAGAUCGGAUCACGGUGAGGGAAAGAUGAGCGAGGAGACGGCGACUUCUGACAACGAUAAUAGUUAUGCACGAGUGCGAGCUGUGGUGAUGACCCGAGAUGAUUCAAGUGGUGGAUGGUUACCACUAGGAGGGAGUGGACUAAGCAGCGUCACUGUCUUCAAAGUCCCUCAUCAGGAAGAGAAUGGCUGUGCUGACUUUUUUAUCCGUGGAGAGCGACUCAGGGACAAAAUGGUGGUUUUGGAGUGUAUGCUUAAAAAAGACCUCAUUUAUAAUAAGGUCACUCCAACAUUUCACCACUGGAAGAUUGAUGACAAGAAGUUUGGCCUUACUUUUCAAAGUCCUGCUGAUGCUAGGGCUUUUGAUAGAGGCAUUCGAAGAGCUAUAGAGGAUAUUUCUCAAGGAUGCCCAGCAUCAAAAAAUGAAGCUGAAGGAGAAGAUGACUUACAAGCACCCGAAGAAGAUACUUCCAGUUCUCUAGUGAAAGAUCACCUUUUCCAGCAAGAGACAGUUGUUACCAGUGAGCCUUAUAGAAGCUCAAAUAUAAGACCUUCUCCCUUUGAAGAUCUGAAUGCCAGAAGAGUCUAUUUACAAAGCCAAGCCAAUCAGAUAACGUUUGGUCAGCCAGGCCUAGACAUUCAGAGCAGAAGUAUGGAAUAUGUACAGCGGCAAAUAUCUAAGGAAUGUGGAAGCCUAAAGUCUCAAAAUAGGGUCCCUUUGAAAUCAAUCAGACAUGUCAGCUUUCAAGAUGAGGAUGAGAUUGUCAGAAUAAACCCUCGAGAUAUCUUAAUACGUCGCUAUGCAGACUACAGACAUCCUGACAUGUGGAAAAAUGACUUGGACAGAGAUGAUACUGAUGCCAGUAUUCACUUUUCUAAACCAGACAGUAAAAAAUCAGACUAUCUGUACUCUUUUGGGGACGAGACUAAGUUAAGUUCACUCAAAGACUCUGUGGUAUUUAAGACACAGCCUUCCUCGUUAAAAUUUAAGAAGUCAAAACGAAGAAAAGAGGAUGGUGAACGUUCUCGCUGUGUAUACUGCCAGGAAAGGUUUAAUCAUGAAGAAAAUGGCAGGGGAAAAUGUCAGGAUGCUCCAGACCCUAUUAAAAGAUGCAUAUAUCAAGUUAGUUGUAUGCUCUGCGCAGAGAGCAUGUUGUAUCAUUGUAUGUCAGACUCAGAGGGAGAUUUUUCUGAUCCUUGUUCAUGUGACACUAGCGAUGACAAGUUCUGCUUACGAUGGUUAGCCCUGGUAGCUUUGUCUUUCAUUGUACCAUGUAUGUGCUGCUACGUCCCUUUGAGAAUGUGCCAUCGCUGUGGUGAGGCAUGUGGGUGCUGUGGUGGGAAACAUAAAGCUGCUGGAUGAAAUGAUCCAGUGCCAAAAUGAGCUUAAAAUCUUUGUUUCCAAGAAUUAGCUAACUUGGAUUUGUGGAAGCUUUUGGCAAGCAACAUGAAAUCUUGCCUGGUAUUGGGGCCACACGUGGAGGAAGCAGAACUUGUCAAUUCUUGGCAUUUCACAAAUGCUAGCCAUGCCUAACUUUUUCCCUUGAGUGCAUGGCAUGUUUAUUACAGGUUGUAGAGUAUUUGCAGAAGGAAACCAUUUCUGGUUGUUGGCUAUAAAAAGUCAGCAUAAAAUAUGAUCCAACUAAAAGGGAUUAAUUUUUGGCAUUUUUUGUAUAUUUAUGUAUUAGGUGAUGGGACUUUUGAAAGUUUGAAUUCAUUAGGACAUGAACUAAAAUUAAAAGUGCACUAGGGGACAGUACAUUUCAAUCUAAGAAAAGUUAACACUUGGGAAUUAUAAGAUGUAAAACAAGUGCAACUAAAUCAUUUAUUAGUUGUUUUUUGAAAGCAAUUUUAUGUAUAAAUAACAAAUGUUUAUAUUUAACUAAAUGUAAGGUACGAAUUAUUAUGUAUUAAACUUUUCUUCUCCUUCCUAGUUCUGAAGUAGAUAUACAUGUAUCUACUGUCACAUUCCAUAUAUUUUGAAUAUUUAACUCAUCUAGUUAAUGUUUUUAUUCCAUGUGAAUGAUUUGAUAUUUUCAUCCUCAUUUCUCUUUGGCUACCAUUUAUAUUGAGUUAUAUCUGUACAUUCUGGUAAUCUUAAAAUCCUUUAAAAUAUUCUAAUAGCCUUGAGUGACCAACUUUUUUUUAAAGCACAGAUAUAAUUGUCUAAUGUUCUAAUGGGAACGUAACACUUAUUUUUAUAUAAAAAGAAUGAGUAAACAUUACAGAAAAAAUUUAGUUGUUUUGUUUUUUGUGGUAUUCAACCAGCAAGUUGUUUUCUUUCAGAGCUUCCUCCUUCAAAAAAUUUUACCGCAUUUACAAAUGUUUUACAAGGCAAAAGUGUAACUGGAUAGUUAGUGUAAAACAGUUUCCUCUUGAGAUCUUCAUUUAUCAUUCUACAAAACCAGAAUAUGUUCAGCUGUGUUAGUAAUUUUUUAGCUUAAUCCUCAGUGCUUAUUAUUCACAUAACAAUGAUAACUUUUCUCAGUUGCAUUUAUUUUUGUUUAAACUGUCCAAAAGCAAAAUUAUUUUGUUAAAAUGUGUGCUAAACUAUCCCAGGAAAAUAUUUAGUCCAACAUCGUGAAUGAAAUAUCUUGUGCAUAUAAAUUUAUUUCUUUUCAGAGCAUUGUAUUACUGGAUGUUUAAUUUACAAAGUAGUUGGAUAAAUGUUCCAACAAACUGUUUAAAGUACCUUGCAGUCAAAUUGUUUUGGUUUUUUUUUUUUUAAGGUGUGACAUUGAAACUCUAACCAGGAGAGGGAUUCUUUAAGAUCAUUUUCUUAGAGGGAUAAAGUUAAAAAGUGUGCCUUUUUUUAGUUUCAGAGGUGAUAAAAAUGAAAACCACACUACCAUUUGAAGCUCAUUUUCUAUGCAGGUUUUUAAAUGUCAUUUAUGUAUUCUUUUUACAUAUCACACUUAAGCUUGUGUUAGCUUUCUUCUUUUGCCCCAGAUCAAACAAAUGUAUAUAACACUAUCUGUCUGUAAAAUACUUUUUUUUUAAGAAAGCAUUUAUAUUUAUAUGACAGCUUGAACUGACAACAUUGUGUAUAUAGAUCAUCUUGAAGUAUUAUUUCACAUUGAAAAGAAGAAAAAUAUAUUGAUAACUAUAGAUGUUAUGAAGAAGAGGUUAUUUCUAGUUUUGUACUAAAAAUCAAUUGGAUGAACUAAAUCCAAAACAUGACACUGUAGCAGCAGUUUUAAGUCUUAUUUUUACUGUUUAUAUAUUUGGACGCUGCUCUACACCAGAUGAUCUUCAUCCCUGAAGUUUUCAACUAAACUUGGUUUCCUAGAAUAGACUGUUAACUUUCAAACUUACCUUUUAUUGGUGAAAUGGAAAUAAUUUGUUUUCCUUGUGAAUUUUCAUAUUUGUAAGUGCUGAAUUUAUAAUUCAGGUUUGAGCAAGGUGUGACUAACUGAAGAAAAUGACUUGCUGGCUAUAUAGGAAAAUGCUGUGGAAAUGAACUGUAUAUACUUCCGGGAAGAACAAAUUUAAUCAUUUCUUCUGUUAAGCACUAAUCAGUAUAGUGCAACUCCUGGUUCUGUACUGUAUUUUAUAUGCAACAUAUAUGCUUUAAUAUUUUAAUGUUUGUGCAUUAAUAUUUUCAAUUUGUUUAACCACUUUGCUGCUAAGAUUUUGCCAUCCCAUCCCCAUUUUUUCCUUUACAGUUUUAAACAGAUUUCUUCAUUAAAAACUAUGGUGAUGAAAUGGUUUUUUAUUUCACCUUGGAUCUUUAGAGUUAACACACCCAGUUUCCAUAUCAGUUUUAAAAGACUAACUGAUAAUAUAAUGUUAUCUGAAUUCCUAUGUGGAGAUUUUCUCUUGAGUAGAUUAGAAUUCCUUUGUGAAUACAAAUGGGUAGUUUAAAUCUAUGAUUCUUAGACAUGUGUAUAGGUACAUUCAGGAACAUUUUCUCAUUCUGUAUCCACAUUUGGCACUGCCAAUUGGCUCUUCAUCUAAAACUUUUCUCUUUGUUUUUAAUCUAAUAGUAUAAGCAAAUGGCUCAACAAAACUGCUUAAGUAGUAGUAAAUAUUGAAAAUGAAAUCAUCUAGAUGGCAUAGCAAGAAACACUUUGGUCUGAUGAGCUUGUUUUGUUCAGAAUUAAUUCUUAAAUGACAUUUCUCCUGGCUUCACAGGGAAGUCAUUUUGAUUUCUGAAGAAAUAUGAGGUGUGGAACUUCAGCACCAUCUACUGGACAAUUUCCAGACUAGAGAUGUGAGAUGGCAAUAGGGAUCUGACAGGGUUUCAUCAUUACUACCAGUAAAGGGCUAUUUAAGUGGUGGCUACCUCCUAUGGGGAAACUAGGAGUAAGAAAUAUCUCAAAGGGACUAUAAAAUGAUCCUUUUCCCUAAUGCAUCUUGCUGGUUGCUGAAAGAUUUUAAGCACUUUUCUCUUACAUAUCCUGUUUUAAAAUAUUUAUUGAUAUUUGGAACUGGCAGUCAAACUUAAUGGAUGUGCUGAGGCAUUUAUAGAACCAGUUCCUUCAACUUGCAAAAGCCAUUACCAUAAUGGUAUUCUUGUUUUUCCUCCCAUUGCUAGUCGGGGGCAAUUUUUUUUGAAAAAAAAUUAACAAAAUCACCUGUAUUUUAUCAUGACAACUUCAGAGAGAUUGUGUGUGUAUGUUUCUGAGUUGAUGAGGGGGCAGGGGUUAAAAUUUAAAGGGAAAAACUUGAAACUACCUAUUUUCAAUUCAGCAGUGCCUAAAAUGAGCUUUUGAGGUAAUACAAAUGCACUUUCAAUUCAUGUGUAUAGUGCCAUCUGAUAUCUUGGGUAAGUCUUGCUUUUACUUUUCUUUUUCUUUCCCCCUUCCCCUUUAAUUGAAUGGCACAGAGAUGUUUCUUAACAUCCAUGUAAGUCUCCAGAUUACAGGAAACAUGUAUUUUCCUCUAGACAGGCAAUGUAAAGAAUUUUAAGAUGUUUCUUUUGUUGAAAUUUACUUUAAGUUUUGUAAUUACACUUGGAAAUCUGUGUUUAAGAGUGGGUUUCUAAUUAGAGCCCAAAGGUGCAUUAAGCAAAUAUAACAUUUUUCUACAUAAAAAUUUUAAAACAUAGUUACCUGAAAAACACAGAUUCUUUACUAGAUAUUAUUCUCAUUCUUGAUUUGACUUCCAUGAUCACAUUCCUAAGUAUAAGGGAAUGUAGUAGAAACUUGCAUUAUUGUUGCACUAAGAAAAACAAAAAUUAACCUAUAAAUCAUGAUAAUAAUAGCAUCAUAAGGUGUUUUGCAGAGUCAAAUGUAAAAAAAUGAUUUUUUUGUUUUAAAGAAACAACCUGAGGUGAUUUAUAUAAACAAAAAAAAAAAAAAAAAAAAAGGGCUUUAAGGUAUUUAGGUAUUGUUUGCCUAGCAGCCAGGUGGUUAUAAAACUUUCAUAUUCUUUGGUACACUGAUAAAUGUUAGUCAUUGUUCCUGAAAGCUUCUUAAAUUGCAUAAGUUGUUAGUUUUGAAAUUUUUCAAGAAUAAUCUAGUUGAAAAACCUUUGUAUUAGAGAUACACAUAGAUUUUUGUGAACAUUUCCAGUGUGUAGUGUCAUUUGCUUUCUGUUGACCUCAAAAGUGCCUCACAUGUAUAUUAUUUCCAUUAAAAGCUUGACUGCAUUCUUUCUAAUAAGCAAUGAAAAAUUGUUUAACUCAUGUCAUAAUGUAUCUCCUCAGAUAUAGUUGACUAGCUAGUUUUGAGUAUAUAAUGUAAAUAUGCAUAUAUAAGUUUGUAAUUGUUUUUGUUACAUUAUACCCAUGUAAUUGGACAUAUCAGAUGAUAAAAGAAUUUGUUUUAAUGGUUCCCCUCCUCCCUUGAAUUACCUGAUUAAAUCUAUCAUGAAAUAUAAAA